AUGCUCUUUAAAGUAGGAAAGGCAGAUUGUAACUGUGUUAAUAGCUGUACCCUGAUGAAGACCAGCAUAUUUAUAAAAUAUACAGAUACUUCCAUCUUGUACAGAUAUGAGUUUUCUCAUGACAAAAUACUCCUUGCUUUACAGCAGGGUAGGGGUCCAGAAUUCUACCAGCAGGGGGCACUCCAGGGUGCAAUGCAAGACCUUAGCAACCUCCAGCAGGAAAUCUACCCGAGCAUGCCACACCGGAUACCUGUGUCACCUCAGAUGCAGCAGCAUCACCAUCCACAACAAGUGGUGACCCCACCUCGACUUCACUACCACCCUGCCCUGCUGUCACCUCCUCCUGAAGUGCUCUCUCGUUCGAGCUCCGACUCCUCGCUGCACCAAAACCUGGUUCAAGGCAAGACGGUCAACAAUAGGAAAGGUGCGCUUGCUUCUAAGGCUUACUAGCAUUUUUGACUUAAUAAAUAACUGUUGGGGGAAAUAAGAGGUUCUUCAGAAAGGAUGGAGCUAUAACAAAAGGAGAAAAAUACAUCUAAAUAUACAGGAUUAGUUAUUCUGGAGGCUCCAAAGAAAAUAUUUCCAUUAUUCUUUAAUUUUUCAUUAGUGAAACAGUGUCCUGAUUGUUA